AUGUUAGUUAAUAUAACUGCAGCCAAGCUUUCACUUGUAAUUCUGGCUCUAGCAAUUCCCCUAGGACGUGAUGCAACUCUGCUUAGUGUGGGCAAAGAUGGUCAAAAGGCAAGCAGAGUGCUGGUGGCAUCCCGUAAUUUUGCAAAUGAUGCUACAUUUGAAAUUAAGAAAUGUGACCUUCACCGGCUGGAAGAGGGCCCUCCCGUCACGACAGUGCUCACGAGGGAGGACGGACUGAAAUACUACAGGAUGAUGCAGACUGUACGCCGAAUGGAGUUAAAGGCAGAUCAGCUGUAUAAACAGAAAAUUAUCCGUGGUUUCUGUCACUUGUGUGAUGGUCAGGAAGCUUGCUGUGUGGGCCUGGAGGCCGGCAUAAAUCCCACGGACCAUCUCAUCACAGCCUAUCGGGCUCACGGCUUUACCUUCACACGGGGCCUUUCUGUCCGAGAAAUUCUUGCAGAGCUUACAGGGCGAAGAGGCGGUUGUGCUAAAGGGAAAGGAGGAUCGAUGCAUAUGUAUGCCAAGAACUUCUACGGGGGCAAUGGCAUCGUCGGAGCUCAGGUGCCCCUGGGAGCUGGGAUUGCCCUGGCCUGUAAGUAUAAUGGAAAAGAUGAGGUCUGUCUGACUUUAUAUGGCGAUGGCGCUGCUAAUCAGGGUCAGAUAUUUGAAGCUUACAAUAUGGCAGCUUUGUGGAAAUUACCUUGCAUUUUCAUCUGUGAGAAUAACCGCUAUGGAAUGGGAACAUCUGUUGAGAGAGCGGCAGCCAGCACUGAUUACUACAAAAGAGGCGAUUUUAUUCCUGGGCUGAGGGUAGAUGGAAUGGAUAUCUUGUGUGUCCGAGAGGCGACAAGGUUUGCAGCUGCCUAUUGUAGAUCUGGGAAGGGACCCAUCCUGAUGGAGCUGCAGACCUACCGUUACCAUGGACACAGUAUGAGUGAUCCUGGGGUCAGUUACCGGACACGAGAAGAAAUUCAGGAAGUGAGAAGUAAGAGUGACCCUAUUAUGCUUCUCAAGGAUAGAAUGGUGAACAGCAACCUUGCCAGUGUUGAAGAGUUGAAGGAAAUUGAUGUUGAAGUGAGGAAAGAAAUUGAGGAUGCUGCCCAGUUUGCCACAGCUGAUCCAGAGCCGCCUCUGGAGGAACUAGGCUAUCACAUCUACUCCAGUGAUCCACCUUUUGAAGUUCGCGGUGCCAAUCAGUGGAUCAAGUUUAAGUCCGUCAGUUAACAGGAGGCCGCAUGCAGUGGGUGUUCGUCACAAGCAACUGUAAGGAACUCUUUGUGUUCCAUUCUCAACUUUAAGGAGGAAUAAACCCCAGAAAACAAGGCUUGUAAACUCAUUAAGAUGAAAUACUAUGUAGAUUAAAGGGAUAGUAAUUGCA